AUGUCUUUUUGUCUUCUCUAUCGAAACCCCAAGCAAACCCCUUCCACCCCCUCCUCUCUGACUCUUAUCUCUCGUGUCCCUGUGUUUGUUUGUCUCUCCCACUUUCUGCCUUUGGAUCUUCUUCGUCCUCAAGGGAAGGGAAUUGAAGCUUUGAAGAUCAAUGGCCGAAAGAUCGAGUUGGAGAUCAUUCCUGAAGUUGAUCUCUACAAGUGUGAACCCUGGGACUUACCAGGGAAAUCAUUGUUACCGGGGAAGGACCUGGAGUGGUAUUUCUUCAGCCCUCGUGAUAGAAAAUACCCGAAUGGAUCAAGAACAAACCGUGCAACAAAAUCUGGGUAUUGGAAGGCGACAGGGAAGGAUAGGAAAGUAAAUUCAAAGGCUCGGGCUGUGGGGAUGAAGAAAACCCUAGUUUACUAUCGAGGAAGAGCACCCCAUGGCUCUCGUACAAAUUGGGUUAUGCAUGAAUACCGUCUUGAUGAGACACAAUGCGAAACUGCUUCCAGCUUGCAGUUUCAGGAUGCUUAUGCUCUCUGCCGUGUGUUCAAGAAGACUACAGUGAUCCCUCCAAAAGUUGGGGGACACUACGUUAGCGUUCCCAAUGCCAACCAGAUUUCUAGCGAUCAAUCAUCAAGCAUUGAACUAUACUCUGAGGGAAGGGAUGAAGAUUUGGAUAGCCCAAAUUAUUUCAUGUCUACGGAUACUUGCUCACCCCAAAACGUUGGAAGUGACACUCCUCUCACUAUCAAUGGUGUGACGACAAGGGGUCAUGAGAAAUGGUCACACUUCUCAUCACAAGACCCAUUAUUUAGUCUUCCAACUUCUUCAUAUCCUAAUUUUGGAGCCAUAGCAUACCCUCCAUCCAAGGUGGAUAUAGCACUUGAGUGUGCAAGGAUGCAACAUAGAUUUGUUAUGCCCCCUUUGCAGGUAGAUGAUUUCCCUGAUGUUGGAAUAUCAGAGCUGAAAAUGACACAAGCCUCUAGUUCCAUUCAAGGAAGCAGAACUGAAACGGAUAUUUUGCAGGAAUUUCUUUCAGUUGCUCAUGCCUCUAAGGAAUUAAUAAAUCAAUCCUGCUACUCACAGGAAUGGGGUGGCAAUGAUUAUUAUGCUCCUUCUGAAGCCGAUUUUACCUUCAUGGUUGGCACUAAUUACAAUCAUUCAAAUGAAAUGAGCUCAGUGAGUUAUGUUGACAAAGCAUGGGAAGAUUCAAACACAAGGACAAUAGAGAUAGAAGACGUUGAAGAAGAGUUUAAGGCGCAGAGGAUGGCAGAGAAUUUAAGAUGGGUUGGAAUGUCAAGACAAGAUUUAGAAAAGAGAGAAGACCAAAAGAUUGUCCCAAUAGAGGAUAUUUCGAGCUUCCAAUCUAACAGGGAAGAAAAUGAGGUGCAAGAAACUGAGCAAUAUAGCGACAUGAAACACAAUGACAGUGAAAUUAAUGAUUUCUCAUUGGGCUUCAUCAAUGAUAGUGACCCUAGCAAGAACUAUGAAGAUGGUAACGUAGAUGAUUAUUCAAGUUCUCCUAGUUUUGAGGUCGUUGAGGAAAUAAAAGUAAACCAUGGAAUGCUUGUGUCGACUCGUCAAGUGGCCGAGACAUUCUUUCACCAAAUAGUUCCUUCUCAAACCGUCCAAGUUCAACUAAACUCAGUGACGGCAAACAAUCAUUAUGUAGAGAAUGCAGAGACAAUGCUAAUGAUUACGGAGAAGCAAGGGUCUUUAUUAAGGAAGGUUAAGGCCUAUGUGAUGGGGAAACUAGUGAGGCCAACAAAGACAAUAGCAAGUGCGAUUGUAAUCGUCUUUGCACUUGUGUUAACGCAUUGUGUUUAUUUGAUGGUAGAAGUGGAAAUUUGGAAUGAAACAUGCUGCAGUAGUAGUGCUACUGUCAUAAUAAGUUAA